AGAAUGCUUUUGCUUUUUUCAUUUGCCUUCUGUUCAACGCAGAAACACCGAAAUAUUGAGACCAUCCAUCGUUACGCUCCAGGCUUACAUCAGUCCAACCUGUGCCAUUAGUUUUCCCUGUCUCUUAUACUUCUUUCAACGCACUUCCAGCUGAGAUGGACAAUCAAUCUCUACCAUCUUCCUCGGCCCCCAGUUCACAUCAGCCGCUACAGUAUGGCCGUGUCAUUGAAAUAAUACCGAUUGUAUGUGAUCAAUGUCGGCCUCUGGGCAACAACAAUUGCAACCGCCAGUAUCCGUAUUGCUUUCAUUGCGACAAAUACGGACAAGUCUGUUCCUAUACAGGGAAGCUUAUGGAUGCGUGUAGGCCGUGUAGGUUUAAUAUGGGGUUAGCCACUCUACAAAACUGCGACCGCAAAGUGCCACGAUGCACAAUGUGUGAGUUUGAGGGGCUAGCCUGUUGGAGCCUUGAUACCGACAAUAUUGAGUACAAUACGAAAUGCAACCAGUGCAGGGCCCGGAAUCACAAGUGUAUUGCGCGUCAAGAUGCAGAGCAAUGCGAGUUUUGCAAGAGUGAGAAACUACUUUGCACCUACCUGAAGGCCAGGCGCUCAGUCCCGGAAUGAAACCAGAUUGAGCGGUCCAUUGGAUGAUGAGAUCUGGCAAUCCAUGAAACCGGUCAUUGGAAGGCAGAAGCUAGCAACCGCGAAUAGUUUGAUGAGGUUGGCUUGGUGGGAUCAUGAGGCGGAUGUCUGUACAUUGAACUGUACUCGGAAGUUUCUAUGAGCUCUCUGUGCUCCAAUUCUUGCUUUCCGCAGGAGAAAUGCGGUCUAUUAUACUCAUGCCCCUUAGGUUAUCAUUUAAGGAUACUGGGCCUAGGAGAUGGGAGCUUUGUUUGGCAUGAUUAGUAUCCUUUCAACGACGAAGUCGAACUUAUAACACAUUUG